AUGCCUGCAGUCAAGAAUCCCAACGGCCAGGCCGACAUUAUCGACAUUCGUGGCGAUGCAGUCGAAUUUGACCUUAAGGCUGAUGUUGAGACCAUGAUCGCCGGUGACCCGGGGGCGCGAAAGUUGCCCACGAUGCUGCUGUAUGACGAGAAAGGCCUGCAGUUGUUUGAGGAUAUCACCUAUCUGGACGAGUACUACCUCACCAACAAGGAGAUCAAGGUGCUGGAGACGUACGCACAGGACAUGGCAGCGCAAAUCCCCAGCGGCGCCAUGGUUGUCGAGCUCGGCAGUGGAAACCUCCGCAAGGUCAACCUGUUGCUCCAAGCCUUUGAGAAAACCGGCAAGAAAAUUGACUACUACGCGCUCGACCUCAGCCUGGACGAGCUGGAGCGAACGAUUGCCCAGCUACCGGACUUUCGCCACGUCACCUGCCACGGUCUGUGGGGGACGUACGACGACGGCCAAGCUUGGCUGGAGGGCAAGCGUGAUAGGGUGAAGUGCAUUCUCCAUCUGGGAUCCAGCAUUGGCAACUUUGAUCGCAAGGGUGCGGCCGAGUUUCUGGCUGGCUUUGGCCGGGUGAUGAGCGGCACGGACAUGAUCUACAUUGGUGUCGACACAUGCAUGGAGCCAGACAAGGUCUAUCAUGCCUACAAUGACUCCAAGGGUAUCACCCAUCAAUUCAUCCUCAAUGGCCUCACACACGCAAAUACCCUCUUCCCCACGCCCGUCGUUGAUCCGGCAGACUGGCAUGUGAUUGGCGAGUAUGUCUACGAUCAGGAUGGUGGCCGCCACCAAGCCUUCGUGGCACCGGUCAGAGACGUCACUGUCCUCGGCCAGAAAAUCAAGGCCUUUGAGAGGGUGAAGAUCGAGGAAAGCUACAAGUACUCCGUCCCAGGCACACGGAAGCUGUGGCAGAACAGCGGCCUCAAGCAGGUCAAUGCCUGGAGGCAGGAUGAUUACGGUAUAUACCACCUCACCAAGCAGUCCAAAUUCGCCUUCCCCCUCCACCCCACGCUCUAUGCGUCGCAACCUCUCCCGACACUCGACGACUGGGCGUCGCUCUGGGCGACCUGGGACGUUGUCACACGCCAGAUGCUCCCGCAGCCGUCUCUGUCCGAGAAACCAAUCAAGCUGAGGAACGCCUGCAUCUUCUAUCUCGGACACAUCCCCACCUUUCUGGACAUUCAACUGGCCAAGACGACGGGCGAAAAGAACACGGAGCCCCGGUCCUUUGUUGACAUUUUCGAAAGGGGCAUCGAUCCCGACGUCGACAACCCGGAGAAGUGCCAUGAUCACUCAGAGGUGCCCACCGAAUGGCCGCCAUUGGACCAAAUCCUCGAGUACCAGUCCAAGGUCAGGAGCAGGGUACAGAAGCUAUACGAGGGAGACAUCUCGAGGAGCGUGGGCAGGGCCGUCUGGCUCGGGUUUGAGCAUGAAGUCAUGCAUCUGGAGACCCUUCUCUACAUGAUGCUCCAGAGCUCCAAGACACUGCCACCUCCGGGUAUCGACAGACCUGAUUUUGCGAAGCUGGCAGACAUUGCUCGAGAGAACAAGGUCGCUGACGAAUGGCACGACAUUCCUGCGCAGACAGUCCAUGUUGGCCUGGACGAUCCAGAGGACGGAACGGAUCAGUCGAAACACUUUGGAUGGGACAAUGAGAAGCCGGCUAGAGAAAUCAGCGUCCACGCCUUCCAGGCCAAGGGGCGAGCCAUCACCAACGAAGAGUACGCCACCUACCUCGUCGAGACCAACACACAGAGUAUCCCAGCCUCCUGGAUCAAGAGUCCCAACCACACCAACGGCCACGCCACGCACAGCAGUCCCCUGCAGUCCUUCAUCAGCGCCCACUCCGUGCUCACAGUCUUCGGCCCCGUGCCCCUCCAGCACGCCCUGGACUGGCCCGUCAUGGCCUCCUACGACGAGCUCGCCCCCUGCGCGGCGUACAUGGGCGGCCACAUCCCGACAUUCGAGGAGGCCAAGUCCCUAUACGCGCACGUGGAGCGCAACAGAUCCCUCCUGUCGUCCACGCUGACGGCACGCGUGCCCGCGGUGAACGGCCACCUGUCCAACGACGGCGUGGAGGAGACGCCCCCAACGCCGCCGCUGUUCAUCGACCUCGGCGGCGCCAACGUGGGUUUCCAGAACUGGCAUCCUACGGCGGUGACCCAUACCGCGGCGCUGCAGGGGCAGGCUGGCAUGGGCGGCGUGUGGGAGUGGACGAGCUCAGCGCUCGCGCCGCACCCGGGCUUCGAGAGGAUGACGCUGUAUCCGGGGUACACGGCGGACUUUUUCGACGGCAAGCACAAUAUCGUCCUGGGCGGGUCGUGGGCGACACAUCCGCGCAUUGCGGGCCGUAGGAGCUUUGUGAACUGGUACCAGAGGAAGUAUCCGUAUGCCUGGGUGGGUGCGAGGGUCGUGAGGGACAUGCCGCCAGCCAGUGAGGGAGCGUGA